GGCCAUAAAGGAAGUGGAGCGGCUCCUGGAUGGGAUUCGGGCGGCGGCGCGGCAACAGGGCCCAGGCUGGGCGAAGAUGCACCUGGGGCCCCUCCUAGGGGCGGCGGCGGUCGCCCGGCGCGGGCCAGGAGGCCACCAAGGCGCUUGAGUCCGGGCGCGGGGCCCGUGACUCCCUUCACCGGUGGUGCUGCGGCUGGGGAGGAAGGCCGCGGCAGGCCUGGAGGCCGCGCGGUCGAGUCACCGCCUCCCGGCGGCCAGCCAGGGCCUCGGCAGGCGGGCUCUCGGCGGGCUGCGGCCCUGGCAGCAGACGGCGCGCCCCUUGGAUUGGUCGGGGCGGCGCCGGGACCGGCGGACACUCCGGCGGCGCGGCGGCCCUGCCGGGAAGCAAGCAGGCAGGCCGCGCGCGUUCUGCGGGAGGUGGGAGCGGCGGACGGAGGAGAGCGGGCCAGGAAGGCACGGACCGGGCCCAGGACGGAACAG